AUGACGCACCCAAGCCCUGAACAACUGUCGUGGAUGCAAGCACACGCGGACGACGAUAGGAGGACAUGGCUCGUGGGCGCGAAUGUUGCUUGCUUAGUAGUUGCGUAUGUGUCCGUCGGGUUGAGGUUCAUGAGUAGGUUGAAGAUUGGGACGCAUUUGGGGCUGGAUGACUGGUUGAUUUGUGGGGCUGCGGUCUGCGUAACCGGGCACGUAUCAUGUCUGCUCGUCGCUGCCAAACACGGUUUCGGGCGUCAUAUCAUAUUCAUGGAUAACCCGAAAACGUUCGUCUUGGUCACACUCACGGCGCAAACCUUCUACAACCUUACCAUCCCCUUCAUCAAGCUGUCCAUCCUCUGUCUCUACAAGCGCAUCUUCCACCGCACGACGGGCUGGUUCACGCCAACGCUGUGGCUAUCGGCGCUGUUUGUGUUCCUCUUUACGAUUCCGCAGAUUUUUGUAUAUAUUUUUCAAUGCGUGCCGAUUGAAAGCUUGUGGACGGAACUUGGGCCGGGGUCGAAGGUUGUUUGUAUAAAUUUCAAGGCUGCGAUCAUUGUAUUCGGAGUCAUUAAUAUUGUAACCGACUGGUGGAUCCUCGCCCUCCCCAUCCCUGUUGUUCAGGGCUUGCAUCUCGACAAGCGCACUCGCUUCUCCAUCUGCUCGCUCUUCCUGAUCGGCGGCUUCGUCUGCAUCAUCAGCAUCGUGCGCCUCAUCUACGCCAAAAACGUAGAAACCGUCGAUCCGACGUGGGACUACGUCCCCAUCUCCACCAUCAGCACCAUCGAAGCCAGCGCCGGCAUCCUCGCCGCCUGCAUGCCCACCUGGCGCCCGCUGUUCCGCUUCCUCGGCCGCGGCAUAACGUCAUACUUCUCGUCCUCGUCCGCCAAGUCCGAGCGCGGGAACUCGCUGCAUUACGGCAACAACAUCGACAUCGGCCGCGGGCGCGCCUGGUCGCGUAGCCGCAGCAAGAGCCGCAGCAGAAAAGGGCGGUCCGCCGCCGAAGCCGCUCGCGGCAUGAAGUGGGAGUGCAAGGGCGGCAGUGGCAGGAGCGAGACGAGUAUGAGCGGUGAGAGCGCGGAGAAGAUUCUGAAGCAUAAGGGGGUGGUGCAGACGCCGGAUAUCGAACUCGAACUCGGGGUUACAUCUGAGCAGUCUAGAGUGGGGGGGACGGCGCUCCCGCUGGACGCGCAUGUACGAUCUAAGUCUCCACUCGACUUUCGCACAGCCGUCGAAGCGACAGCCGGCGCGGAUCGAUGGGAGGGCUUGAUGCAGCAGCAGCGCUUGAAGAACGAAAGGGGGAGGGCGAGGGCGACGAGUCCGGCGACGCCGCCGCCGAGAAGUUUUGGCGAUGUGGCCUUUGGCGGGCGGCGCAUGGCGAGUGGGGAGCUGGAGGGCAGGAGGAGUGCAGAGGGCACAAGGGGCAGGAGUACGAGUGGGACGGGCUGGGGGCCGGGGAUGGAGGGCAUUAUGGUUACUAAGACGGUUACUAGGGAGGUUGUGUAA